AAAGAUGGCUGACGAUUUCAUCAUUCAUAGAUAACCCAUCUAUAUCAUUUCACCUGAGUGAAGUGAAGCUAUAGUGCCUUAAUAAAAUCGUCGGUUAUACAUCGAAUAAUCUAUGAACCCAUCAAUUGUUAUAAUUCUAGUUAAUUACGUGUCCAACGAACGUCUCCAUUUGUAACAUCUUCUGCCAAAACUUAUCGACAGUCACGUCAGAUUAAUCAACCCAUCUCCAACGGAAUUUUACACACAAACCAUGUAUUCCAGAAGAUCAACUACUAAACGAAAAAGUACAAUUCAUCAGGAUUCAAUUUCAACAAAAAAGAAAAAGAAUUCAUUAUCUGGGUUAACGUUGAAACCAAUUUACCAACAAACGCUCGGUUCUGGAAGUGUUUUCACUGGUGGUUCCAACAAUGAAGGUCAAUUAGGAAUAACAGAACGGCAGCUAUGUAAAAUACCAACGUUGGUCGAAAAUCUAACCGAUAUCGUUGAUAUAUGUGCCGGUGCAAUGCACACGUUAUGUAUUGAUAAAAAUGGCAAAGUUCAUAGUUGGGGCUGUAACGAUGAACUCGCUCUUGGUCGCGAAACUACCUCUGAAACCGAAGCAAUUCCUGGUGAAGUGAAUCUCGACGAGAAAGUGGUCCAGAUUACAGCCGGAGAUUCACAUUCAGCUGCACUUACCGAAACUGGCAAAGUUUACGCUUGGGGAUCAUUCCGAGAUUCUCACGGUGAAAUGGGUUUGACACCGGAAGGAAAACCAAAGAUGCCAACGUUGAUAAUGAAUAACGCUGCCAAAAUCGCAUCCGGUGCGAAUCAUUUGCUUAUACUUUCGACAGAAGGAUUAUUAUACAGUCUAGGAUGCGCUGAGCAAGGCCAACUUGGCAGAAUAUCAGUUAGAUUUGCCGAUCGUGGUUCUAGAUGUGGAUUAGGAAACUUUUUAAAUCCACGGAUAAUACACGCACUUCGGAAGAAAAAAUUCGAUGAAAUUUGGGUGGGUAGUUAUAAUUCUUUUGCCAGAGAGCACUCUACAAGCCAUAUUUAUUCCUUCGGAUUAAAUAAUUACUAUCAGUCGGGAUUAGAAGAAGAAAAAAUCUAUCCAUGGCCUGUGGUCAGUAAACCGUUUUCAACGAAUAAAAAAUGGGUAUCUAUAUGCGGUGGUGAUCAUCAUACGCUCUCUUUAGAUAAUACAGGUACAACGUAUGUCCUGGGAAAGAAGGAAUACGGUAGAUUGGGCUUAGGAGAAUAUUGUGACGACGUACAAGAACCCACUGUUAUACCAGGUCUAAAAAAUGAAGAAAUUACUUCGAUAUCUUGCGGAAGUUGCGUUUCAUUCGCACUUACAAGAGAAGGAGAAGCCUAUGGUUGGGGCAUGGGUACGACUUACCAAUUGGGUAAAGGCAGUAAAAAAGACAACCACGAACCCAAACUCGUCAGUGGUGAGCAAAUGCAGGAUUAUAAAAUAAUUAAAGUCUGCAGCGGCGCCCAACAUACCGUAUUUUUGGCUCAAAGGAAAACCUGAAAAAGAAAAAAAUUGAAUUAAAAAUGGAAAAGUAACUUCGAGAAAAACAAUGAAACAUCUACUAACGGUAAAAUUAAGACCUAAAAACAAAAAUAUAAUUAAAAAUGGGAAAAGUUAAUUUGAAAAAAAAUCGAAAAAACAACAAAAACUUUUGCUCCGACCAUACUCCGUUGUAAGUUUUUUAGUUUCCGCCCAGGAUGUAAAACUGAUUUUCUAAUUAAUAAUAUUUCGUUUAUUCGUUGUAUUUCUAAGUACCUUCCUACUGUUUAUUUCAAAAAUUUCAUUUCUUAUUACCAAUUAAGUGAUAAAUAUCAUUAUAAAUACAAUUUAUGAUUUUUUUUUGUUCUUUUACUUUUUGUACUGAUUUUCUAGUUAUUAAUAUUUCGUUUUUCGUUGUAUUUCUUAGUACCUUCCUACUGUUUGUUUUAAAAAUGGUAAAUAUCACCAUAAAUUAAAUACAAUUUAUGGUUUUGUUUUUUGUUCUUAUUGUACUGAUUUUUUAAUUAUCAAUAAUAAUAAUAAAAAAAGUAUAAAAUGAAAAAAAGGGUCAA